AUGAGGAUAGCGACAUCAUUGCUUUCUGCGGCGGUAGUCGUGGCCGCCGCGCAGCCCCAUGGACACAGCCACCAGCACGCACAUCUGGAGGAGCGCCAAUUCCACCCAGAUAACACCGCGGACGUUAUUGUUGUUCCUGGUCCCACCGAGGUCGCGUACGUGCUUAAUGGGCACGCCAUCUCGGAGCAGGAGGUCGAAGAGGGUGUGCGCAAUGGCACUUUAGUCUUCGCGCAAGACGGCGCCGUCUCUUCCGCUUCGUCAUCGGCCUCAUCAUCCGCACCGCCGUCGUCAGCAGCGGCGCCAACCACUUCAAGCACUACGUACGCGGCACCCGCCACAUCCUCCAGCGCUCCGGCGUACUCCGCACCGGGGUCGAGCUCUUCCAGCACCAGCAGCAGCGGCAGUGGUUCGAAUUCCAACAGUGCUAGCACGAGUGGCGUAAACACGCCCUUCCCUGACGGUCAACUCAGCUGCUCGACCUUCCCAUCGCAGUAUGGAGCUGUAUCUGUCGACUGGAUCGGACUCGGUGGUUGGACCGGCAUCCAAUCACCAGGUAGCAACAACGGUGGCUACAGCGACAUCAUGACUCAGGACAAGAACACUUGCCCGAGCGGAACGAACUGCUGCCAGGAAGGUAUGUUCUGUUCAUACGCGUGCCCUGCCGGCUAUCAGAAGUCGCAGUGGCCGAGUACUCAGGGCAAGACCGGCCAGUCUGUAGGCGGCCUGCUGUGCUCUGGCGGCAAGCUCCACCUUACCAACCCCAGCUUGACCGGCAACCUUUGCAUGACUGGUGCCUCCGAAGUUACCGUGUUGAUCAAUAAUACUCUGUCCAGCAAUGUCGCAGUCUGCCGCACUGAUUACCCAGGUACCGAGGGCGAGACGGUGCCGGUCAACACUCAGCCCAACUCAGUCAGCAACCUUACCUGCCCGGACGCAAGCAACUACUACACCUGGGAAGGCGGAUUCACAUCGGCACAGUACUACGUCAACCCGUAUGGAGUUCCAGUUGCGGAUGCUUGCCAAUGGGGCUCCUCUGCCAACCCAACCGGCAAUUGGGCACCUCUCAACCUUGGCGUUGGUUAUACCGGCGGAAACGCCUGGCUUUCGAUCUUCCAGAAUCUACCUACAACGUCUGAGUUGUUGAACUUUACCGUGGAGGUGGUUGGCGACAACUUAGCAGGCAAAUGCAGGUAUUCCAACGGCCAGUACUGCGGCGGUGAGAAUUACCAGACUUGCAGUUCGACGACUGGUUGCACGGUCUCGAUGUCUUCGGGCACUGCGACCUUUGUCUUCUCCUACUCGUAG